AUUAUUUUGCUUUCUUCACUACCGGUUAAAUAGAGAACUUUUUGAGUGCAACACCAGAAACUCUUUAACAGCCAAGCGGGUUGGGUUAAAUCCGCAAUAUGUUGGCACAAGUUUUCCUCGCCGUUUUACUGGCGAAGGCCAGCGUGGGAAUACGUUAUGAUUCCUUCAGUGGAGAGAAGGCAAGCGAUGAGCUUCUAGAGAAGUAUCGCAGCCAAAAUAUUAUUGCGAACUGCACCACAGACGUCGUUUUGCCAUGCGAUGAAAAUGAACCCAGACGUUUGGACGGAACAUGCAACAACCCCAACUAUCCCUCCGCUGGUGGUUACCUCACUCCUCUUCUACGCUCCUUGUCGCCUAUCUUUGGCAAAAAUCAAGAGCCAAGAGACUCCGCAAGCGGAGAACCCUUACCUCUUGAGAGAAAAGUGCGCAAGCGCAUGCUGUUCGAGGGAAAAGCUUCGGAUCCCGAGUACACUCAACUCCUCACAUAUACGGCUGCCUUCACCUUUGCGGAUACUGGAUCAGUUCACGAUACGAUGAACUUCUUGACGGAGACCACGCAUUGCUGCACAGCCGAAGGAAAGAACCACCCCAUGUGUGCGCCCAUUGAGAUUCCCAAUGAUGACGAUACUCUCAGAUACUCUGGAAUAAGAUGCUUGAAUUUGACUAGACCUAAAACAUUCCAGACUAGCAAAUGUGCGGCUGCUAACACUGAGCAGUCUAGGAUUGAAUCUAAUACUGCCUCAUACGACUUGUCGUUUGUAUACGGAAGCAAUAUCCCCAUCCCAGAUUACAGAAUGAAUGAAAGGGGUAUGAUUAAGUAUGAAGAAGAAGAUGGGUCAAUGUGGCCGUCAAGUGAAGGUCCCCAUAACGUUACAUCCUGUAUGGCUAAUGUGGUGGAGAACGGAGAAAAAAGAUGUUUCGGAGUUGUACAAGGAUCUAUUCUCCCUGUUACCUUGGCGAUCGUAUGGUUCUACAGGCUGCACAACAUCAUCGCGGCUGAGUUAGCCGAAAUCAACCCACACUGGAGCGACGAUAAACUAUUCUACACAGCAAGAGACAUUUGCAUUGCUAUUAAUAACCAGAUGAACUAUUAUGAAGUGAUGCCUGAAUUAAUGGGCAAAGAUCUUAUCGAGAAAUAUAAGCUUCAUGCAAAACAUGGAGGCUUCAGAGACAUAUACGACCCCAAAAAGAAGCCUCAAGCUUCCUUCGACUUUAUAUACGGAAUGAGAUGGUUCCACAUCGCGCAAGAAGGAACUGUAAAAUUAUACGACGAAGAAAAUAAUUAUUUGAGCUCAGACCGCGCAACAAACAUGUCACUGAGAGUUGGAUUCUUCUCUAAGGAUAAUAAAUUCUCUCAGAUAACAAGAGGAGCAGUUCUCCAACCCGCUGGUGGACGUGAUAGAGCUGUUGACCCUGAUAUUUCAGGUCUUGGUUUAGGAGGAAUGCAACACAGCACUGAUCUCACCACAGCCGACUUGCGUAAAGGCAGACUGUUUGGUUUACAACCGUACGUCAAUUAUUUGGAAUACUGCGGUUCCAAAAAACCCACAAGUUGGAAAGAAUUAGCGCAACACCUCGGCUGGGAGUACGUUGAACAAUUGAGAGAAAUAUACAACGAUAUUAAUGACGUCGAUUUGUUAGUUGGAUUGUGGGGAGAAAAGGGUGGAAAGCAAGGAUUUGUACCCCCCACUCUCGGUUGUUUACUAGGAGAACAGAUGUAUAACGAGAUUGUUACCGACAGGCAUUGGUACGAACGUCCCAACAGACCAUACGCUUUUACUGAAGCUCAAUUGAAGGAAAUCAGAAAAGCAAACUACGCUGCUUUCCUUUGCACAGUAGAACCUAAAAUAAAAACUAUGACACGUCAUCCUCUAAGAAGAGUCAGCGCUUUGAACCCUUUGGUCAGCUGCAGUGACAUUGGAAAAUGGGACCUUCGCGCCUGGCAAGAAUUUGAACAAGAUUGUUGAAUGAUGUGUUAUUUUGAAUCGUUGUAAUUUUAUUAAUAUGUUACAAUAAACGAUUUUUAUUAACAUUG